AUGUUUGAACCUUCCAACAUCUUCGUUCCAAUGCAAGCCAUCCAUUCCAUCUGUUCCCAUCCUCAAGCCUCUAUAUAUAGUUGAAACUCGAAACAGAUUUCAUCUGCCACCAGCACAACCUGAAAAAGCGAACCGACUGGUCGACCGGCAAUGCUUCUGCGUAUUCGCCAGGUGCCUAUGCCUUUGGGGUUUCCUACCUGGGCCCUGCUGCUAUUAUAGCCCCUUCUUAUACGUAACUGAAAAACAUUCUUCACCUACCAAAGUUCUAACCUCGUCUUGGCUAAAGCAUGGGGAGUAGAAGACACACCAACACUGAUCUCCGCUCAGCCUCGUUCUCGGAAUAUGUCAACAACAUAGCAGAGGACUGUGCUCGCUGCCCUGGUGACUCGCUUCCGGAGUAUGAGCUUCCAAUCCCAGUACUUCCCAGAAAACUCGGCCCCAGAGAACAUGAAAUAGACGUCUUUGAUGCUAAGAAGUAUUUCAACAUGAAUUCAGAUGUGCAGACUGCAUUGAAUAAGGAAGAAAAUCACAUCCUGGGAAGAAAAUCAGGAGCUCCUAUCGUGAUCCCUGAGACAGGUGCCGGCAUCACGAAUCCUUUCCAGGGAAGUGGUUCCGGAGAUAUCCCCCAUCAGAAGAAGAAAAACCAGGGAACGAGGAGGCCAGGGAUUUUAUUCGGGUUCAGCUGCAGCGACUGUUGUUUGGACGCGAAAUCAGUCCAAGUCAGUGAAGAAUCUCAGGCCAAGAAUCUGAACAAGACGGCAAGUGUUUCAGGGUCAGACAGGACAGCGGAAUUCGAAUUCCCGAUCCUAAAUGCAGUGGAACCAACGGAAAAGCAGCCUUGGAAGUCUCUAGACCUGUUUGGCUUGGAUGCUAUGGUCAGAGGAGGAGGAGAUGCGGUCGCAAUCAACCUUGAGAGGAAGCUGUCGAUGCAGACUUGGGAUGCGAUCCCGAAAGCUCGAACCAUUCCGGUUCCUCCAAGGACUGAUGCAACUCAUGGAGACGAAGUGGACAGUUGUGCAAGCUCGGAUCUUUUUGAGAUAGAGAGCAUCCCUGCAAUGUGCAGGCAUGCCGCUCUAAGGCCAACUCGAAGCGAAUCUCCAUCAGAGAAGGAGAUUCAGAAAAGGUGUAGCUCGAGCAGAAUCUCGUUGUUGGGCUGCAAGAGCCAGAAGUCCGUGAAUGUUGCUGAACCAGAAGAAGAAACGAGACCGAAAUGAUCAGCUCCUGCAGCUGUGAAGACCGAAAUGUUAAUGUUGUUGUUUUUUUUUUUGGUUCUUUGUUCUUUGUAAUUGAGAUGAAGCAAUGAUUUAAUUAAAAUCUUCCCAAAUGUUA